GCUCAAGACGCAGGUCAAAGCCUGCCUGAUCGUCAUGGCGCAUCCCCCCCCGUAAUCCCGCCUGCGUCAAUGACGGUCGGCCCGCCAGAGGUCGAGGGAGCCGCCCAGCGCAUCGGCCGUGCGCUGGGCGGCGGCUUGUGCUGCCCGUUCGACCAUGGAGCAGCGAGCCCCCUGGAGGAGUUCUACGACCCCCUGAUGGUGGGGGCUCUGCAGGCGCACCUGAUUAGCGAGGAGCCGCCGAUGUGGGUCAUCGACGCCCCGCCGCAGACCGAGCCAGCCGCGGAGAGCGACGUCGCCGGACGACGACGAGGAGGAUCGAGGGGAGACGGCGACGAAGAGGUCGUCGGCUGGAUACGGCCCUUCAUCGAGUACGUGGAGGAGCAGACUGGCGCCGAGGCCCUCUGGGAGCCGUUCAACACGAAAAACGCCUUGCACCAGCCCCCCGAGCGAUGCUGGGUGGAGAGCCGCGCCCCAAUGGGCGGGGGGCCCGCCGAGAAGCUGGCGGGCCUCCAGGCCUUCCUCAGGCUCGCGUCCGGUGGCGGAACGACCUUUAUGGACAAGGGGCACCGGUUCGCCGCAAAGAGGUACCCGCACGCAGGGGUGCCGGAGGGGGCGGAGAGCGUCGGCGAAGCCGGCGCGGAGUGCUACGCCGCGGAGGCGCAGCACAUCGACCGGCUGCAGCGCUGUCCUGACAACGCCCAGCCAGAGGAGGGGGAGGCCAAGCUCUACGGCGAGCCGACCCACUUCACCCUGGUCGUCGGCUUCGACGACGCCACGGGCGGCACCUUCUUCCCGCACGGCAGGCUGCUCCCUGGGCUGGCGGCGCGGCCGGAGGGCGUGUCGCAGGGGACGCGGGGGGGCAUCUCGGGCAGUAGCAUGCGCGGACGGGCCCUCCUCUGGAGCAAUCACCGGGGCUCCGUGGACCCGGCCAGCGGCAAGGCAGUGCCGCUCCUUGCCUCGCUGCACCAGUCCGUGCUCAAGGGACCGGCCGGCGGCAACUCGCGGGAGCCACGCCGCGUCUGCAUCUUCGGCUGGGCGCAGGAGGGCCGCAAGUGGGAGCGCAGCGGCUUCCACGAGUGCCUCGAGUACGAGCCGCCGAAGGUGCGGGCAGAGUUCUUCGGCCGCACGAUGUUGCAGGAGCUGCAGGGCUGGGAGGACGGCCAGCGCGGACGGGAGGUGAAGCACCACUUGAAGAACCCCGAGGUCCAGAGGGAGAUACAGGAGGGGCUGGCGAACAACACCCUGAGCCAGCAGACGCGCAACUGGCUCGCGGAGUACGGGUACACGGACAGGUCGGAGGUCUAUCAGCUCAUGAUCGAACACAUGGCGGACGGCCUAUUCAGCUGGAGCUUCCUGACCCUCGGAGGCAACUGCAAGCACAGCUUCCGGGUGCCCUGCAAGAGCAUGAAGCUGAGCGAGCUGGUCACCAGACUGAAGGAGAACUUCCCCGUCGAACCCAAGGUCGUGGUCUCGAGGGUCGAGGCCCUCGACCACCUCACGAGGAAGAAGAUCGAGAACCCACAGCGGCUCGUGCAGCAGGGCGAGCAGGUGAUCAUCGUGAUCAAGACGAUGGAUAUGCCGAAGAUGACCGUGUCGUCCGGGACGCAGACCGCGUCGACCGGGUCCGACGCCACCGGGUCGCAGCCCGCGCCGAAGGCCGCGGCGCAGUCUACCGCGGCUUCCUCCACGGGCUACCCGGCACCGCCGGGGGCGGCCGCGGCAGGCGGGGGGCGGCCAGGCGGGCCGCUCCCGGACGCCAUGGUCGGGCGCGUGAAGACCGAGAGCGCCGCUUCGGGUUCCUCGCAGCCUUCGGCCGCCCUGAGCCCGAGCGGCGGGAGUGCCGCCGCGAACGCGGCGGAGAAGGGGAGGGCGUCGCUGCGCAAGGCGAACACGGAGCACUUCACCCCGAAGCAGCUCGACAUCGACGUCAAGAGCAGCAAGAGCGGCAGCGACGAAAGACCUCAGAUCGGCAGCGACGAAAGACCUCAGAUCGGCAGCGACCCGCCUGCCUCGUCCUCCAGAUCGCCGGCCCUGGGGCGCUCCAGGACCACCGCGCUGACGGCCCUGCUCGGGUAUCGCAAAUCGAACAGCGGCGCCUCGAAUGCGGGCAAGUGAGCCCCGCCCCCUUCCCCCCCGAUUUCGGAUUUCGGGGGCGCCGUUUCCCAGCAGUUGCGGCUCGCUGGAGCGGCGGUCGGUCCGUGAUUUUUGUCGGCCCCCUGCUCGGGGCGUCUGGUCCUCGCGGAGAGGUCUUUGA